GUUGGUGUUUAUUUAAAUGUCAAAUUAUAUACGAAUAUCGAGAGAAAUUAUUGUCUUUCCCUCUAUAGUCUUUGACCGCGCAGUGGGAUUGAGCCACAGUGGAAUGAAUCAUUUGCAGUGGUUGUGAGUCUCGCCAUAGAGUUUCUGCGCUUUGCAAAGCGCUGUGAAUGAAGUCAGCUGAUCAUUUGCUAUCGCAUGAUCGACACACAUCUUCUCUAGGUAGAGGAUCAAGACGGUGGACCGUUUCAUUUCUGAAGAUCUAGCCUGUCGGGAUGGACCUGUCUAAACUGCCUAAGAUCCGGGAUGAGGAGAAGGAGAGCGAGUUUGGAUACGUCCAUGGAGUAUCCGGCCCAGUGGUGACGGCCACUGCCAUGGCGGGAGCGGCCAUGUAUGAGCUGGUGAGAGUGGGCCACAGUGAGCUGGUGGGAGAGAUCAUCAGGCUGGAGGGAGACAUGGCCACCAUUCAGGUUUACGAGGAGACAUCGGGCGUGUCUGUUGGGGACCCAGUGCUGCGGACUGGAAAGCCUCUGUCUGUGGAGCUGGGCCCAGGCAUCAUGGGCUCCAUCUUUGACGGUAUCCAGCGCCCCCUAAAGGACAUCAAUGACCUAACACAGAGCAUCUACAUCCCCCGCGGAGUCAACAUCGGAGCCCUCAACCGAGACCUAAAAUGGGAGUUCUCCCCCGUCAAGAGCUUACGGGUGGGCAGUCACAUCACAGGGGGUGAUAUCUACGGGAUGGUGUUUGAGAACUCCCUUAUCAAGCACAAGAUCAUGCUGCCCCCGAGGAACAGAGGAACCGUCACCUAUGUGGCUCCCCCCGGAAACUAUGACGUCUCGGAUGUGGUGUUGGAGCUGGAGUUUGAGGGUAUGAAGGAGAAGUUCACCAUGGUCCAGGUCUGGCCAGUGCGACAGAUUCGCCCGGUCACAGAAAAGUUACCGGCCAAUCACCCACUGCUGACCGGACAGAGAGUACUGGACGCCCUCUUCCCGUGUGUCCAGGGAGGGACCACAGCCAUCCCCGGAGCUUUUGGCUGUGGUAAAACUGUCAUCUCCCAGUCCCUGUCCAAGUACUCCAACAGUGACGUCAUCGUCUACGUAGGCUGCGGGGAGCGCGGGAACGAGAUGUCAGAAGUAUUGCGAGAUUUCCCCGAGCUGACCAUGGAGGUGGAUGGGAAGACUGAGAGCAUCAUGAAGAGAACAGCGCUGGUGGCCAACACCUCCAACAUGCCUGUGGCUGCCAGAGAAGCCUCCAUCUACACCGGGAUCACACUGUCAGAGUACUUCAGGGACAUGGGCUACAACGUGAGCAUGAUGGCUGACUCCACCUCUCGAUGGGCCGAGGCUCUCAGGGAGAUCUCUGGUCGACUGGCUGAGAUGCCCGCUGACAGUGGUUAUCCUGCCUACCUGGGUGCCCGUCUAGCAUCAUUCUACGAGCGUGCUGGCAGGGUGAAGUGUCUGGGCAACCCAGAGAGAGAGGGCAGCGUCAGCAUCGUGGGGGCUGUGUCUCCCCCUGGUGGUGACUUCUCUGAUCCUGUGACAUCGGCCACCCUGGGUAUCGUGCAGGUGUUCUGGGGUCUGGAUAAGAAGCUGGCCCAGAGGAAGCACUUCCCGUCAGUCAACUGGCUGAUCAGCUACAGUAAGUACACGCGGGCGCUGGACGAGUACUACGACAAGCACUUCCCUGAGUUCGUCCCGCUGCGCACCAAGGCCAAGGAGAUUCUGCAAGAGGAGGAGGACCUGGCUGAGAUCGUACAGCUGGUCGGCAAGGCCUCGCUGGCCGAAACUGAUAAGAUCACCCUGGAGGUGGCCAAGCUCCUCAAGGAUGACUUCCUGCAACAGAACGGUUACACACCCUAUGACCGGUUCUGUCCCUUCUAUAAGACUGUUGGCAUCCUGUCCAACAUAAUAGCCUUCUAUGACAUGGCACGGCACGCAGUGGAAACCACGGCUCAGAGCGACAACAAGAUCACCUGGUCCAUGAUCAGAGAACACCUGGGAGAGAUCCUCUACAGACUCAGCUCCAUGAAGUUCAAGGACCCAGUGAAGGAGGGAGAGACCAAGAUCAAGGCUGACUACGCCCAGCUGCUGGAGGACAUGCAGAACUCCUUCCGCAGCCUGGAGGACUGAGCCCCCGACCCCUUAUCCCAGGGGCAGUGCAUGUCUGUCCCCGCUCCCCCUCUCCCUGCAGAUACCUCCACUGCAGCCUGGAGGACUGAGCCCCGACCCCUCAUCCCAGGGGCAGUGCAUAUCUGCCCCCCCUCUCUGCAGAUACCUCCACUGCAGCCUCACAUUCCAUUUCCUUGUGUUUACACCCAACCUGCCAUCAGUUUACCCAAUGUGUGUCUGUGUGGGCAAAAACAGGAGGAAAUGUACUGUGUUCUUGUAUUAUGUUGCCUCUCUUUUCCCCAGCAUGGUCAAAGAUCUGCCCCAUUACCUUUGUGUGUAUGUUUACAUGUCUUUGUGUGUGUGUGGGACAUUUCAUCUCACUCUUAACCCCUGCACUGCCCAUCCCUCCCCGUUUUGUUUUACACAUGGUCUCUGGCCCAAGCUGUGCACCUGACGAUGUCAGUUGAUGUAAUUAUAGUUCAAUACCCCCUCUAUCUGUACAGAAGAUUAACAUGAAAUACUUAAGCAGAGUGACUAUUUAUUGCAGGUGUGUGAUGUGGACAUUGCCUGGGCUGGUUGUUUGUUGUUUUUCUUAUGAUAGUGAUUCACGUGGUGUAGUCUUGUACGUGUGUAAGAGGUGGGCUCUCUUGUCCUCUCCUUUCCACUGCUCAUCCAGGCUGUAUCACAACCGGUCGUGAUUAGGAGUCCAAUAGGGCGGUGCACAAUUGGCAGCAGCGUCGUCCGGGUUUGUCCGGGGGAGGCCGUCAUUGUAAAUAAGAAUUUGUUCUUAACUGACUUGCCUAGUUAAAUAAAAAAAAUAGGAUAAGUGUUUGAGUCCCAAAGAAUAAAAUGUAAAACAAAAUAAAGCAACAAAACAAAAUGGUGAA